CCUCCGUUUUCUCUCUCUCGCAACGCCUCUAUUAGAAGAAGAGAGAGACGGAGAGAGAACUGGUCUGAGAUUAAAAAUAGAGGGCGAGAUCUGAGUCUGACCCCUUUCUUCUUUUUUUCCCUUCUGGGGUUUUUUUUGUCUAAAUUCGGAAUUCGAGAUCCCUUCGUUCAAAAAGGGUCGUCUUCUCGUUCCUCCUCUUCCCUCUUUGUGUUAUCUAUCCGCUUCCAUUCCUGGGUCUUUAGUUCCCUGUGCUGGGAGCUAUGGGUGUUGAGGUUAUUGGAUUCGAGAUGGUCAAGGGACCGGUGGAUUCGGUACCUGUAGACGAAAAUUCUGUUUUGAAAAGCAAUGAAAAUGGAGAUUUAGAUCAACUGCCUGAACAAAAUGCGCCCAUAAAGUUUGGUUCUCAUGAAGAUGAGCCUGUUAAAGAGCAGGCAGAUACUCCAUCAGGUGCUAACGUUCCGAAAGAUGCUGCUGAUGAAUGGCCUGCACCUAGGCAAAUUCAUUCCUUCUACUUCAUAAGGUAUCGGUCCUACGAGGAUCCGAAUAUCAAGGCUAAAAUCGAUGUGGCCGAUAAAGAAAUCCAGAAGAGGAGUCAAGCUCGUUUUCAAAUCACUGAAGCACUCAAGGCAAAGAGGUCGGAUCGGGCAGAGUUGAUUACUCAGAUGAAAGCUCUGAGAGAUGACAACCGGCAAUUUAAGUCGAUUGUUGAUGAGAAAAUUAAGGAGAUUGAACCUCUUAAUCAAGCUCUUGGCAAGCUUCGUAAUGCAAACAAUGGUGGUCGCAAUGGUGGUCUAUGUUCAUCUGAGGAAGAGCUUAAUGCUGUUAUUCAGAGCCUGCAAUACCAUAUACAACAUGAGAGUAUUCCGCUCUCUGAGGAAAAGCAAAUUUUAAGAGAAAUUAAACAGCUAGAAGGGACAAGGGAGAAGGUUAUUGCUAAUGCUGCUAUGAGAGCAAAGCUUCAGGAUUCAAUGGUACAUAAAGAAGCUCUCCAAGACCAAGUCAAGAUUAUCGGUGGCGAUUUGGAUGGAGUGAGGAAGGAGCAACAAGCAGUUAGAGCCAAGAUAAAGCAACUUGAUGACGCUUUGAAGGCAAUAGACAAUGAUAUUAAAAAAUUGCAGGAUGAGCUAACUGCUGUGACAGAGAAGAGAGGCAGAGCUCAUGAAAACAUUCAGCAACUUAGGAAAAACCGUGACGAGGGGAAUGUCUUCUUUUAUCAAAACCGAUCGCUCUUGAACAAAGUUAAAGACCUUGCUGCAAAGAAGGACAUCAAGGCCCUUGAGGAGCUCUCUUAUGAAGAGGUCGAGAAGUUUAUGUCCCUCUGGAAUGGUGAUAAGGCUUUCAGGGAUGACUAUGAGAAAAGAAUUCUUUCAUCGUUAGAUGGUCGGCAGUUGAGUCGGGAUGGUCGGAUAAGGAACCCUGAUGAGAAGCCAAUAAUUGCGCCUGCAGAACUGGCGCCUCCUCAAGCUGAAACAGCAGCAAAACCUAACCUUAAACGAACUAAGGAAGAACCCAAACCAGUUCCAUCUGAGACUGUUCCUGCACAGAAAGUUGAUAAAGAAAUUAAAUCCAAAGCUGAAAAGGCAUUACCCUCGGAGCAGGAGGAUAAAGCUGAGGAGAUCCCUGCUUUAGAAAAGUUGUCAAAAGACAUCCCUAAAGAAAAAGAAGUUGAUGUAGCGAAAUUGAAGGAAAUGAAGAGGGCUGAGGAAAUUGAGAAGGCUAAACAAGCCAUGGAAAGGAAGAAGAAAUUGCUAGAGAAAGCUGCUGCAAAAGCCUCUCUACGAGCUCAAAAGGAAGCAGAAAAGAAACAGAAGGACCGCGAAAAGAGAGCAAAGAAGAAGGCCUUAGCAUCUGCCUCUGCUGUUCCUGAUGAAGAAACUCCUGCUACUGAUGCAGUUGAGGAGGAAUCUAAAGAACUGGAACAGGUUAGUGAAAAUGCAGAAGCUCCAGUUCCAGCCAAGAAUAACGUCGCAAAGGAGAUGGGCAUCAGGAGCCGGGGCAGGCAAAGAGGGCUGGAUUCAGUUCCUAAAGUCAUCAGGAAGCGCAAGAAGUCGACCAACUACUAUAUCUGGGCUGCUCCUGCUGCAGUUCUAGUUCUGGCACUUCUGUUGCUUGGGUACUACUACUCUACUACUCUCUCUAAAAAACUGUGAAGCUAGGAGAGUUAGAAGAGGGAAAAAUUUUCUGGUGAUGAGCAUGCUGAGCUGAUGAGGAUGAUGAUGAUGAGAGUGGCUUAGAGGAUCAGUUUGUAUUUUUAAUUUAAUGUUCUUUAAUUUCUGUUUAUUUUCAUCCUUACUGGGGAUGGACUCAACUCAUAAUGGUUGGCAUUUUUAGUCAGGUUGAAACAUACAUUUGGUUCUUUCAAUGUAUUUCCAAAUUUUGACUUUGAUCAACCUCUUUUGCUGUUA